AUGAUUAGAAAGGGUAAAACACAUAUACCAGUGAAGAUUAUUGAGCCUUCGUCUUCGUCCCAUUGUCGUUUGUGGAUUCCAAAACGACAAACCCUAUGUGAAUUUUUGACAAAAGAAGAGAAGGGAAGGAUUAGAAAGGGUAAAACACGUAUACCAGUGAAGACUAUUGAGCCUUCGUCUUCUUUGGAUGUGAGUGACAUGAAUUUCGCGCAAGUGAAUAUGAAAAAGAAAGAUGGUUACGUUAGCUCAGAGUAUGUGUUAACAGCUAAUUGGAAUUCUGUUAGAGAUAGAAAUAAUCUAAAAGAAGGAGACGCUGUUCAGAUAUGGUCUUUUAGAGUUGAACAGAAGCUUCAUUUUGCAUUGGUUUAG